AACCCGCUCAGCGGCACCUUCAUCGACCGUGUGGGCUACGACGUGCCGCUGCUCAUUGGCCUGGCCGUCAUGUUCCUCUCCACGGCCACGUUCGCCUUCGCUGAGAACUACGCGACGCUGUUCGCGGCGCGCAGCCUGCAGGGGCUGGGCUCGGCCUUCGCCGACACAGCCGGCAUCGCCAUGAUCGCCGACCGCUAUGGCGAGGAGCCGGCGCGCAGCCGUGCGCUGGGCACGGCGCUCGCCUUCAUCUCCUUUGGCAGCCUUGCGGCACCCCCCUUCGGUGGUGUCCUCUACGAGUUUGCGGGCAAGCGGGUGCCCUUCCUGGUGCUCGCCUGCGUCUGCCUCCUCGACGGGCUGCUGCUGCUUGUCCUCGUGCCACCCUGCGCCGGCAGUGCGCGAGCCAACAUGCCUGUUGGCACCCCCAUCCACCGCCUCAUGGCUGACCCGUACAUCGCCGUGGUGGCCGGCGCUCUCACCACCUGCAACAUCCCCCUUGCCUUCCUGGAGCCCACCAUCGCUAACUGGAUGAAGGAGUCCAUGGGAGCCACCGAGUGGGAGAUGGGCCUCACCUGGCUGCCCGCCUUCUUCCCCCACGUGCUGGGUGUCUACGUCACCGUCAGGCUGGCCGCCAAGUACCCCCACCUCCAGUGGUUUUAUGGGGCCCUUGGCAUGGCCAUCAUUGGCGCCAGCUCCUGCAUGGUGCCGGCCUGCAGGAAUUUCGGGCAGGUAGUCAUCCCCCUCUGCGGCAUCUGUUUUGGGAUCGCUCUGGUGGACACGGCCCUGCUGCCCACCCUGGCCUUCCUGGUGGACGUGCGCCACGUGUCCGUCUAUGGCAGCAUCUACGCCAUCGCAGACAUCUCCUACUCCGUGGCAUAUGCUCUGGGGCCCAUUGUGGCUGGCCAGAUUGUGCACACCAUGGGCUUCGUGCAGCUCAACCUGGGAAUGGGGCUCGCCAAUGUGCUUUAUGCCCCUGUUCUUCUCUUCCUCAAAAAUGUCUGCCAGAUGAAACCCUCUCACUCCGAGAGGAAUAUCCUCCUGGAAGAAGCACCUAAAGGACUCUACGACACCAUUAAAAUGGAGGAGCGCAAAGGCAAGGGCAAAAGCCCACACCCUGGGGGUGACCCAGCAGAGAACAGUGUGGACUCCUACCACAGAGACCCAGCGGGCUCGGAGGAGGACUGCUCGGACUAUGAAUACAGUUAG